AUGACAGAUUCAAAACCAAUUGUACCAAGUUUUGUUGUACAAGAAGAAGGUUCACGAAAAGUUUUAGUUUAUUUAAAUAUUCCCGAAUUAAAAGUAAAACGAUCAUUUCCAAAUUUUAUUAAAAAAGUCCCAGCAAAUGGUGAACAAAGAACAUUGAAUUUUCAGCAUCAAUCGUUGACAUUUACAAUACAUGUACAAACAAAAACUAGAGAAUCAAAAGUAUACUCACUAUCAAUUGCACGAUUGCCAGGCAAAAUUCGACCUGAACAAUGUUUCAUAAAGUAUCAACGUGGUGGUUGCUGGGCUACUUUGAUUAAAUCAGAACAAAUGAGUUGGAUGAAUAGAAUUUGUGAUGAUUUCACACCUGGCUUAGAUAUUCAAGAGAAUGAUAAUCGAAUGAAUGAAGCGUCGGCUCCAGUCGAAUAA